AUGAAUAUUUCAGAUUUUCCUAAAUUACCUUCCAAGGCAAAACUGGUGGAUAACCAGGCCAGUGCGCCUUUUUCUCAAACUGGUGAUCAGAGUUCAAGAAAUUAUAAAAGAUUUAGAGCUAGCACAUCUGACUCGUCUAGUGAGGUUGAUGACAUCACAAAACAUGAUAAAUUUUUUCUGAUACGUCCAAAUUUGGAAACUAAUAGCUUUAGUACUAUGUCUCCUUUUGUCAUACAUAAAAAUAUUAUAGAGAAAGUUCCGAAGUAUAAAAAUGUUAGCAAAUUGCGAAGCGGCGAUUUACUAAUUGAACUACUCGAUCCGCAGCAUGCAAACAAACUUUUUGAAAUUAAUAAGAUUGGCAAUUUAGAGUGCAGAGUUACCUCACAUCCUUCACUAAAUAACAUUAAAGGAGUCAUAUCCUGUAGUGACCUGCAAUAUUGUAAAGAUAAGCAAGAAAUACUUGAUGAAUGCUCAGAACAAAAUCUGAUUGACAUAACCCAAAUCAAACGGAAAGUAAAUGGUGAACUUACGAACACGUACAUUAUUACUCUACACAGUUUAACUCUACCAGCAUAUUUUUAUGUAGGCUAUCGUCGCUGUAAAGUAAGACAAUUUAUAUCAAACCCAAGAAGAUGUUUUAACUGCCAAAGAAUAGGACACCUUUCCACAUACUGUAAAUACGAAGCCACAUGCCCAUCUUGUGGAAAAGACAAGCACGAAAGUGAUUGUAAUCCGCCCCCUUAUUGCGUCAAUUGCGGCGAGAAUCACUCCCCUAGAUAUAAAGGUUGCGUCAUCUAUAAGAAAGAAACCAUGAUACAGAAAGUUAAAGUCACUGAAAAACUAAGCUACUUUGAAGUGAAAAAAGCAAUAGAAAGUAACCCUUCAAAAUAUGGGCCAUCCUAUGCAGAAAUCAUGUCAGCAAUUAAAACAACUACACAACAAAAAAACCUUCUCAAACGUCCACUCCCAGGCUCCCCAUUGAAACCCCGUCCCAACAAUCCUCCAAAUCAAAACAAAUCCCCAUCAAACAUGAUAAAUUUAUUACCCCUCUCCCUCCCCCUCCAAUAUUACCUAUCCCUUCCACAGCUUCUACCCAUAAAAAUACUCCAGUUACCCUUUCCCGAGCCUCCACUGGUGCUCACACUAUCAAAAAAUCAAAUUCUUCCUCCUCAAUCAAUUCAAAUUGCUCAUCAAAAUCAAAAUCCUCAGACACAAGCUCCACCAAAUCAACUAAAGUCUCGUCCAAACAAAAAAGCAAUUCUAAUACUACUGAACCAAAUAAUCCCAAACCCACUACAAAGAAAUUAA